GCGCCCGUGCCCGACCCCGCCGACCUCAUGGAGCAGUGGAACCCCAGCCCGCCUUGGUCCGACUCCGCCCUGCAGAAGAUACUAGUUACAUUUCGCGUGCCCCUAUUUCACCACUCGAGCGAGCUAGCGCGCUACUCGGCGGGCGGAGGAACUAAGCGUUCCGUGUGUCAGGUGCCGGACAUCAUCCAGCAGGACCUGAGCCCCUGCUACAUGACGAGCACCCCUCCGACGCCCACGGCGACGCCGGGCACCGCGGCGCCGCCCCACCACGCCUUCUCCUUCGACUGGGCGGCGGAG